AUGACGCCUAGUAUAUGUUCGGAUUCACAAAGCUCUUCGAAUCAUUCUUUCGACAGCGGCUCCUCAACUUCAAUCACACCUUUAUCAGAAGACUCAAAAAUCCCUAAGCCCCUCGGCGAGGCUGGGGGCUCGGGGCGUGGGCGAUACAUUCUCUAUGAUGCAUUGAAUUGGAGUCCAAAGAAAUAUACAGAAUUCAAGAAAUUUAUGUAUGUUGUUAUCAGCAAUGACCUCACAACGACACAGUGCGCUUCUGCGCAAAGCCCUGCUCAGUUGGAGGUCGUACGGAACAAGGCUAUCGACAGGUUCCCAGACCUUGAAGAUUAUAGCGAUUUAUGGCCGGUGAACGAUAUUAUCACGACACGACUGAAAUACACGUCGCGUCACGUCACGCGGAACUUGAAGGAGCAGGAGAUGACUGCGAGUGUUCGAACGACAGUUUGUUUGACAUCUAUGUUUUUGGUAUCACAGCUAAUACUCCUACAGGAGGACUAA